GCAACACAGAUAACGCAUGGAUUUUGUUCGCGAAGUUCAUCUCCCGGCAUUAUCGGAAUUUGAAUUACGAAUAUUCUAGACUUUACGAAAGGAGUUUCUUGAAUAGCGAUUCAUUUUCAAUUUUGUCGUUACGCCGUUGUUUAACUAGAAAGAGAAAAUAAUGGCAAACGCUGUGAAAACCCUCAUUCCUCUGCUCGAUAGAGUUUUAAUAAAAAGAGCUGAAGCUAUAACCAGAACUGCUGGAGGAAUCGUUAUUCCAGAAAAGGCCCAAUCCAAAGUGCUUCAUGGUGAAGUAAUUGCAGUAGGUCCUGGAGCAAGAAAGGAAAAUGGCGAAUUUAUUCCCGUACUAGUGAAGGUUGGCGAUAAAGUUCUUCUACCGGAAUACGGCGGUACCAAAGUCUCCCUUGACAAUGAUGAGAAGGAGUAUCACCUCUUCAGAGAAUCGGAUAUUUUAGCCAAGAUUGAGAAUUAAUAUUAGUGCUAGUUUUAGUUUUGCGGGAUUUCGAAUUGGUUCAGACUUUAGAUGUAGUCCUGUAUGUCAAUGUGAUUGUGUAAUUGCCACUGCUGUGGGGUAUAAUGUUAUGUUAUUUCCAUUUAUUAUAAUAUUGUUAUAAAAA